AAUGAAGACAUCUCUGAUCUAGUACAACAGGCAUCAGAAGAAAGCCCUUUGAGGAAUAUUACCACAGCAGAAUCUGUGGCAGUAUCUUCUGAAAGAACACCAAUAGAAGCUCAAACAAAGGAUGACACAAAUUCUCCAAAGUCUGAAGAAGAAAACAAAACUGAAAGUCCGGUAGACGAUUCAGCUAAAGAAACGAAGGCAGAAGCAGAAAAUUUAGUCAGUAGAGAAGCAAAUGAGGAGUUGAAAUCAGAAUGUUCAGAGAAUGUGUGUUUCCAGGAGCUGGGCACUGACAAAGAUGGAGGUGAUACAGAUGUCAAUGCUGUUCACGAGGAAGAGCUUAAUAAAAGCAGUCAGAAGACUGAGGCAAGAGAAGGAGAAAGCAUUCCUGCGCCAUCAUCACAACCACUAGAAGCUGGAGAUGCAACUAGUAUGGCUGCAGAUAUAGAGGAGACAACCCUCCAAGAGAAGGUUGUGUUGUAG